CACUCGCCGCUGCCGCUGUCUGUGAGCGAUGUUUGCCGCCACCCUCCUGAGCCUGGCCUUGCUGGGCAGCGCCCAUGCCUGCCCCAAAGGCACCUCCUACGAGGCUGGCAUAGUGUGUCGCAUCACCAAGCCCGCCCUCCUGGUGUUGAACCAAGAGACGGCCAAGGUGGUCCAGACGGCCUUCCGGCGCGCCGGCUAUCCAGACGUCAGCGGCGAGAGGGCCGUGAUGCUCCUCGGCCGGGUCAAGUACGGGCUGCACAACCUCCAGAUCAGCCACCUGUCCAUCGCCAGCAGCCAGGUGGAGCUGGUGGACGCUAAGACCAUCGACGUCGCCAUCCAGAACGUGUCCGUGGUCUUCAAGGGGACCCUGAACUACAGCUACACGAGCGCCUGGGGGUUGGGCAUCAAUCAGUCUGUCGACUUUGAGAUCGACUCCGCCAUUGACCUCCAGAUCAACACAGAGCUGACCUGCGACGCUGGCAGUGUGCGCACCAAUGCCCCCGACUGCUACCUGGCUUUCCAUAAGCUGCUCCUACACCUCCAGGGGGAGCGGGAGCCAGGGUGGCUCAAGCAGCUCUUCACAAACUUCAUCUCCUUCACCCUGAAGCUGAUUCUGAAGCGACAGGUCUGCAAAGAAAUCAAUACCAUCUCCAACAUCAUGGCUGACUUUGUCCAGACGAGGGCCGCCAGCAUCCUCUCAGAUGGAGACAUCAGGGUGGACAUUUCCGUGACGGGGGCCCCUGUCAUCACAGCCACCUACCUGGAGUCCCAUCACAAGGGUCACUUCAUCCACAAGAACGUCUCCGAGGCCUUCCAGCUCCGCGCCUUCCCGCCCGGUCUCCUGGGGGACUCCCACAUGCUCUACUUCUGGUUCUCGGACCAAGUGCUCAACUCCCUGGCCAGGGCCGCCUUCGAGGAGGGCCGCCUCGUGCUCAGCCUGACAGGGCAUGCGUUCAAGAAAGUGCUGGAGACCCAGGGUUUCGACACCAACCAGGAAAUCUUCCAGGAGCUUUCCAGAGGCCUUCCCACCAGCCAGGCCCAGGUAGCUGUCCACUGCCUUAAGGUGCCCAAGAUCUCCUGCCAGAACCAGGGCGUCGUGGUGUCUUCUUCCGUCGCCGUGACGUUCCACUUCCCCCGCCCAGAUGGCCGAGAAACUCUGGCCUACAGGUUUGAGGAGGAUAUCAUCACCACCGUCCAGGCCUCCUACUCCCAGAAAAAGCUCUUCCUACACCUCUUGGAUUUCCAGAUUGAGGCCAAGACUGUUUCCAACCUGACUGAGAGCCACUCCGAGUCCCUGCAGAACUCUCUCCGCUCCCUGAUCACCACGGUGGGCAUCCCGGAGGUCAUGUCUCGGCUCGAGGUGGCGUUAACAGCCCUCAUGAACAGCAAAGGCCUGGACCUCUUCGAAAUCAUCAACCCCGAGAUUAUCACUCUGGAUGGCUGCCUGCUGCUGCAGAUGGACUUCGGUUUUCCCGAGCACCUGCUGGUGGAUUUCCUGCAGAGCCUGAGCUAGGAGGGAACUGGAGGCACAAGACACGCUGACUCUCUGCCCACCAGGGGUGGAGGUCAGGGAGUGGGUGGGGGGACGGGAGAUGGCUCCCAACUCCUUCUGUCCUGAAGACCCACUAGCAUGAAAGCAGCAUACCCUGGGCAGGCAUCUGGCCGAGCGGCUAAGCCACUGGUCAGAACACCUGCAUCUAGGGUGCUCCGGAUCCCAGCUGCCUGCUAACGUGCUCCCUGGGGAGCAGCCGCGCUGGGUCCCGCCAGCCACAUCGGAGACCCAGACUAAGCUCCAGGCUCCUGGCUUUAGCCUGCCCAGUGAGUGACAGCUAAAUCUCUCUGGCUAUCUCUCUCUGCCUCUCCAGUAAACGAAUAUCUUAAAAACAGUAGAAAAUGGGAUUAAAAGAUAAAUUUUUAAAAAUGC